AACCACAAUUAAGAUCCCAGUAAAUCGGCGAAAAUGACUUGACCACUCUACCUUAUUCCUCCUCAGUCAUACCUCUAGUCUGACAAAAUCCCACUCAAUAUACAGAAAUACCGGAGCUCAACCCAAGACUACAACAUGGCUUCAAUCAAAGGACCCGGCGAGCGUGAAACCUACGAUGGUACUGGACUCCGAAUUGCCAUUGUGCAUGCUCGUUGGAACACAACCAUCAUCGAGGCGCUGGUAUCCGGAGCUGUGAAUAGCCUCGUCUCGACGGGAGUCUCGAAGGAUAAUAUUGUCAUCCAAAGCGUUCCUGGAAGUUAUGAAUUACCAGUCGCAGUUCAAAAUAUAUAUAGAGCAUCUCAUGUCCAAGCUGCCGCCAGCUCGUCGACAGGCGAUAUAGCCGCAACAGACCUUCUAUCUUCAUCAACUACCGACCUGAGUCAGCAAGCCACCACCUCUUCUAAUACCGCAGCCGCAUCAACAGCUCCCUUCGACGCCAUCAUCGCCAUCGGCGUGCUUAUUAAAGGCGAAACUAUGCACUUUGAGUACAUCGCCGAUGCCGUCUCGCACGGUCUCAUGCGCGUUCAACUUGAGGCUAAUGUCCCUGUUGUCUUUGGGUUGUUGACUCUGCUGACCGAGGAGCAAGGUCUUGAACGGGCUGGAUUGGGAAGCGGGAAGAAGCAUAACCAUGGUGAGGAUUGGGGCCAUGCAGCUGUCGAGUUGGCCUUGAAGAAGAAGGGGUGGUCUGAGGGGAGAAUUGUGGCAUGAUAAUGUUUUAUUCAGAACUGAGACUGGGACUUGGAUAGGAGGGCUUUCUUUACGAUAUCAUAGGAGGAUUGAAUCAUAAGUCACCAACAGUGUGACCAAAGUAGAUCAGACUACUUGCGUAGAAGGCGAAAAGAAAAGGAAUUAAUACAACAAAGAAAAUUCAUAUUCUAGGAUGUCUGAUUUAUUCUUCCAUUCGCUCUCCCUCGCUCGUCUUUUGACCUUCCUCUUCCUCUUCAUCUUCGCCCUCAAUCGCCGCCUUAGCAGCCUUUUCGGCCUCCUCGAGCAAUUCACGAGGCACCUCCUCAUGCCGUCCCUUAGUUGGUCCGUCAAGAGAGCUGAUCCAUGUCAUUUCGAGUUCGAAAUCCUUAUCUUCUUCAUGCGCGACGUAGAUAAUUCGAGCUGCUUCCUUGACACCAUCGAGAAGACUGAGAUUUCCCGAGGGAAGGUCAAGUUUCUCGAGUUCUGCCUUUGCUGCUUGUCGUCCUUUGCCAGUCGCUGCACCGUAGUAGCCCUA